CUUAUCUUUUUCACAUCUCCCCUCUUUCCCAUCUGUUUUGUCCCUCCUCAUUUCCAUCCCACAGCUCCCUUUGUCCUCCCCUGUGCAACAGUGUGCAACCCCUCGUUCCUCACCAGACAGACAGAGAGCGAAAGCGGGAGUGAGCGAGACUGAGAUGAGCUGGAGAGGAAGAGGGAGCAGAGACGACCAAAUGCAUAAAGGGACACAGAGGAAUUGAUGAGAUGACAAUCACUCACAGAGGGAGAGUGUCUGAAGUCAUGUGAAGCUGGCAGGGUAUAGACAAAGGUAGCUUCAGAGUGCCAUUCAUUUCCUUCACACACACACUUUCUCUCUCUCUCUCUCUUACAUACACACACACACCCUUGAGCAGAAUCAGCCAAGCAGCGUGGGUGUGAGGCAGCAUGAGAAGUGAUAUCUGUACUUCCACACAUACAGCCGGCUGAUGGACUAACCUAAUCACCAGCGACACACUUCUACUGUGUGCACACUCGCUAACACAACUUAGAGGCUCGCAAACUCACUCACAAGACCCCAACAAGCAGAAGUCAACAUGGGUCUCGUGAUGGGAACCUUCUCCAUGCAGUCCAAGCAAGUGAGCUACCACAAAGACAAAGCUGACGAUGACUUGGAGAUGACCAUGGUGUGUCAUCGACCAGAGGGCCUCGAUCAGCUAGAGGCUUUGACCAACUUCAAUAAGAGAGAGCUCCAGGUGCUCUACAGGGGCUUCAAAAAUGAGUGUCCGAGUGGAGUUGUAAACGAGGACACCUUCAAGCAAAUUUACUCACAGUUCUUCCCACACGGAGAUGCCAGCACCUACGCACACUACCUGUUCAACGCCUUUGACACAGGAAGUACAGGAUCCAUCAAAUUUGAGGACUUUGUGACAGCUCUGUCCAUCCUGCUGAGAGGUUCGGUCACAGAGAAGCUUCAGUGGACCUUUAACCUUUAUGACAUCAACAGAGAUGGGCACAUAAACAAAGAGGAGAUGACGGACAUUGUCAGAGCAAUAUAUGACAUGAUGGGGAAGUACACUUACCCAGUUCUGAAGACUGAUGCACCCAAACAGCACGUGGACGCCUUCUUUCAGAAAAUGGACAAAAAUAGAGAUGGAGUAGUCACUCUUGAUGAAUUCAUCUUUUCCUGUCAGGAGGAUGAGAAUAUCAUGAGGUCUCUGCAGCUCUUUGAAAAUGUCAUCUAAACCACAAAAGGGAGGGAGAUGGAGUGACAGAUGGAACUGCAGACUGAGGGACGAUGGAGGAGAAGAAGGACAGGAAAACAACUUCACUUAUAAGAAAAUGGACACUAGGAGCUUUAAUUGGCACAUUUGGGUUUUGUAGUUUCUCAGAACUGCACCAAGGGCAUCUUGCAGCAGCAAACCCUCUCUGGUUUCAGAAACAUGUUCUCAAAACUUCCUGUGUUUUUCUGUGUGUCUAACUCGCCUCUGUCUCCUUUUGUUGCCAUUGUCAUGUUGGACUAUGUGUGAGAUUCACACCUCUGUGUAAAUAUGCCCCUCCCUCAUUUUGUCCACCAGAGCAGAAGUUCCUUACAUGUGACUACAUACUAGUUUGAACCUCUGCAUCGAUAAACUGAGCAGUUUGUGAAGCAAGUGGGACAGCAGCCCUCGUUGUAUUUAGUAUUCAAUGCAUAAGAAUUUGAUGGCGGUAUAUAUGCCUACAUCCCAGAGUCCAGGUCUGUGUGCUUCAUCUGUUUUCAGACGUCGACCUGUGAAGGUUUGAGACGGUUUUGUGAAAGCUUGCGACAGUCUUCUUGUGCGUUCACAUGUCGUCGAUGAGUUUAUGAAUGUUGUAGCGACUCAGCUGUUCUUCAGAUAUUUUAACUGUAGCUUUUCUGUGGCUUCUUCUUCUUCUCUCUGUCUGAGAUCUCGUCUGUCUGUCUGUGAUUAUUCUGCCUGUCAACUCAGCGGCUAAAUAACCCACGAACUUGUAACCAGAUAGGGAGCAACCUGAAUAUGCAUGUGUUUUCUGUGAAUGACGUCAUCAUGCAUCAGUGUUCAUGCUGGCAUGUAUUUGUGGUCCAGAUGAUGUAUUUUGGCAAGAAAUUAGAGUUUUGUCGUCAAAGAGCGACCAUCGUUUCACUGUGAAGAUGGAAGGAUGAAGACCUUUUCACUGAUUCUGGAGGAGAGAAAGCCAUGUUUCACCCAAGAGCCAUCAAUCCGAAGAAUGAUAAUAAAGGUUCAAGUAUUUGCUUUUACUCACUGUGCUACCAGUGUAGUCAUAAUAAUGAGCUGCAGCUCUUUUUAAACGUCACCCAGACAUUAAGUUCCUGAGAGAGACAGACAGGAAGACGGAGAAACAGACAGGCACCUAAAGCUGUCAGAAUUCAAAUUAUGUGUGUAUUGGAUUAUCGUAUAAAAAUAUUUAUCAAUUAACUUUUCAAGAAAUAAAAGUGAAACAAGCCA